AUGGAGAAAUCUAACAUAUUUAGGCUUGUUAUACUAGUUGCUGUGCUUCUGGGUCUCUGCCACGUGUCCGUGGCUGCGGUGACGAAGAAGAGGAAUGAACAGAAGAAGACCUACAUCGUCCACAUUGCGAAAUCCGAAAUGCCUGCGAGUUUUGACGACCACACUCACUGGUACGAGUCGUCUUUGAAAUCGGUCUCUGACUCAGCUGAAAUGUUAUAUACUUACAACAACGUGGUCCAUGGAUUUUCCACGAGACUCACUGACCAAGAAGCUGAGUCACUCGUGGACCAACCUGGGAUUCUCUCUGUAUUGCCGGAGAUGAAAUACGAGCUCCACACCACUCGAACGCCUUCUUUUCUUGGACUCGACAAGAAC